AUGCCUUUAAAACUAAGUAAACUACGAAUAAGGAAUUGCCUCAUAGUUUUAUUGUUUAUGAUAAUACACCAUGUUGGAUACCAUGCCAAGAACAGCUAUCAAGUUAAUAAAAGGAUGAUUUACGGAAAUUCUCGAUCAUUGUUAGGCUUUAUAUUGCUAGAUAGAUACCAUUCAAUCCAAUCUUUCUUUGAGGUCUACAAUCCCAAUAAUAUCACCUUCUGUGCCUGCAAUAGAUAUCCGAGACAAAACUGGAAUGAAGUAGUUAACCAAGUUUAUGAGAUAGAAUAUGAGAGCGUUACAAGGGAAGCAAGACUGGCCAAAAAGAGUUUUAUAGAAGGUAACAAGUGGAAUAGUUAUUAA